AUGUUUUCAGCAUGCGACGACGGUGAGGAAUUUGGACCUGACGGACACUGUGUCCGGUGCUCAAAAGGAAGCUAUAAAGCCGCUGGCGAGAUGAGCGCAUCCGUCUCCUGUCCGCUCGGAUUCAGCACCCCUUCAGACGGAGCCAAGGAUGUUUCGGAAUGCACCCUUCUGUACUGUCCUCCAGGGAAGUACGCGACAGCUUCGGUUUGUCAGCCGUGCGGUAUCGGCUUCUAUCAGAACCUUUACAACAGCAGCUAUAGACUUUUGGUGUCACUGCGUAUAUGGAAAGCCAUAUAUAAUCACAUGUCAAGUAUUUGGUGCCUCCUCAGAAGUUUCCUCUUGUUCCUCAUCUUGGAUGAGCAUUGCCUGACAGUAGAUUUUGGUCUAAAGUGCUGUUUCGGUUCAAGUUUUGGCUAA